AUGGCGCCCCAAGUCGUAGCCAGCAACAGCGUCCACGAGAUCGACGCUCCAUGGACGCCUACAGCAGACGCACCUGCCACGCCGCCGCCCGAGACGCCCCGGACGCCGCCGACGCCGUGUCUGCAUACCUUCCGCACCAACGACGGGACACUCCGCGGUUUCUUGGCGUCAAUGUUUCUCUACUCGGCGGGCCCGUUCUGCUGCUGCACGCGCCAGCGCCGGUGCAUGCAGUGCGGCGCGACCUUGGACGCAGAGAACCGCGCGGUCGAGCGGUCGUACAGCGGUAGCGACACGGACGAGUCGCACGGUAGUACGAUCCCACGCGAUGCGCCGGCGCCCAGUGAGACGACGCCGAUGCUACGACCGGCGUCGUAA